AUGGUAGUACUGGAUGUUUGUACAGGUUACUUGGUGUCCCAGGAUGGUCGUACUACACACUUUGUGUCCCAGAAUGAUUGUACUGGACACUUUGGGUCCCAGGAUGGUUGUACCGGACACUUUGUGUCCCCGGAUGGUUGUAUCAAACACUUUGUGUCCCAGUAUGGUUGCACAGGACGCUAUGUGUCCAAUGAUGGCUCUACCUCACACUUUGUGGCCCUGGAUGAUGGCACCGGUCCGAAUUACAACAUUGGAUUGAAGGUUUACAUCAACAGUAACUCUUUCACCGGCUACGCUCUGGCCGGCAUGAGUGGCGUCCUCAGUCAGGAUCAGAGUAAAGUGUUCCUGGGGGGACCAUACGCUUUCUACGCACAAGGUAUGCUGUUAAGCAUGGAAAGCAGCGGCCGGGGCAACCUGGUGGCCAACAAGCUGACUUUCGGUCAAGCAGAGCUGGACAACUCUGUCGAGGGCUGGGCUCUAGUGAGAGGCACCUUCAGUAGCAGUACUGUAGAGUUCCUCGCUGCCUCACAUGUAGGAUAUAACAGCGGUCACGGCAAGGUGAGCUUCUACGAUGCCCUGGUGCUGAAGGAGGCAUCGACGAGCUUGUACGGGCAGGAGAUGGGUGCCCAGUUCGGCUACUGUCUGGAGUCAGCAGAUGUGGACGGUGAUGGUGUUGAUGACCUCCUGGUGGGGGCGCCUCUAGCCAGGGCAGGAGACAAACUCCUUGCUGACGCUGGCAAGAUCUACCUCUAUUACUCUCCCUUGGUUCAAAACUCACCGCGUGCCUCACCUCUGAUCCUGGAAGGUCAGGUGGCCUGGGGUCGUUUCGGUCAUUCGGUCACCUGCCCAGGUGACCUCAAUCACGACGGCUUUAAAGGUGAGAAAUGUCAUGUUCUUCCUGACCUGUGGAUGAGUUGA